GGCGGAGGGGGAGGCGGGGCUUUCGGUUGGCAGCAGAAGCGGCGGCGGCCGCCGGCGCCUCACGCCUGACGAGCCCCCCCCCCCCUCCGGUCCCGGCUCGGCCCCGCCGCGCCGCCAGCGCCUCGGGGGCACCGUCCUCGCUGCCCUCCCCGCGGGUCUGACUCGGAGCGCGGUUCCCUCCGCGCCGGCUCCGGUGCCUGCUGUCACCCUCCCCGCCGUGCCCCGGCGCGGGCAGGCCCCGGGCCCCUUCCCCCCCUCCUCUGGGGGGGUGGGCGCCUCUCUGGAAACCUGGCCGCUCCUUCCGCGUCGCCUGCCCAGCCGGGCCUGCGCCCGCUGCUGCCGGGCAGCGCGGGGGGGUCCCUCGCGGCCGCCCGGCCUCCGCUGUGACACAGGAAAUAAAAUAAUGCUAAUGAAGCAACCAUUUCCCUGAAGUUCAAGUUUUCAGACUCACUGCCAUUAUGGAUGAGCAGCAAGCUUUGAAUUCAAUCAUGCAGGAUUUGGCUGUGCUUCAUAAGGCCAGUCGUCCUGUAUUGCCCCAGCAAGAAACAGGAAAACCAAAGUCAUCUUCACCUAAAAAACAGAAUGAUGUUAGAGUCAAAUUUGAACAUCGAGGUGAAAAAAGGAUCCUGCAAUUACCAAGGCCUGUUAAACUUGAAGAUCUUGCAGCCAAAGCUAAAGUUGCUUUUGGACAGACUAUGGAUUUACAUUACAGCAAUAAUGAGCUUGUAAUUCCAUUAACCACACAGGAUGACCUGGACAAAGCUGUUGAACUGCUUGACCGUAGUGUUCAUAUGAAGAGCCUCAAGAUUUUGCUUGUAAUACAUGGAAAUACACAGUCAGCCAGUGUAAAUAACGUGGAGCCCUUGCCCUCACUGGAAGAUUUAGAUAAUACAGUAUUUGGUGUGACAGACAGAAAAAGGCGACUGUCUGUAAUAGGUUCUAAUACUCGUGACAGGAGUUCACCUCCCCCAGGAUACAUUCCAGAUGAGCUGCAUCAGGUGGCCCGAAAUGGGUCCUUUACCAGUAUCAACAGUGAGGGUGAAUUCAUUCCAGAAAGUAUGGAUCAGAUGCUGGAUCCAUUGUCCUUAAGCAGUCCUGAAAACUCUGGCUCAGGAAGCUGUCCCUCACUUGACAGCCCCUUAGAUGGAGACAACUACCCCAAAACUCGCAUGCCAAGAGCACAGAGCUAUCCAGAUAAUCAUCAGGAAUUCUCAGUAGAGUAUGAUAUUCCAAUAUUUGAGAAAUUUGGAAAGGGUGGGACUUAUCCCCGAAGGUACCAUAUUUCAUAUCAUCAGCAAGACUACAAUGAUGGUCGUAAAACUUUUCCAAGAGCCAGAAGGACUCAGGGGAACAGCUUCCGAUCACCAGUUAGUUUCAGUCCCACUGAUCACUCACUGAGCACCAGUAGUGGAAGCAGUGUCUUUACACCGGAAUAUGAAGAUAACCGAAUGAGGAGGAGGGGAAGUGACAUAGACAAUCCUACCUUGUCAGUCAUGGACAUCAGCCCACCCAGUCGCUCACCACGAGCUCCAACUAACUGGAGACUUGGUAAGCUGCUGGGUCAAGGUGCAUUUGGCAGAGUGUAUCUGUGUUACGAUGCUGAUACCGGAAGAGAACUGGCUGUUAAACAAGUUCAGUUUGAUCCUGAUAGUCCAGAAACCAGCAAGGAAGUAAAUGCACUUGAAUGUGAGAUUCAGUUGCUGAAAAAUCUUCUACAUGAAAGAAUUGUUCAGUAUUAUGGCUUCUUGAGAGAUCCACCAGAAAGAACACUCUCUAUAUUCAUGGAAUAUAUGCCUGGGGGUUCCAUCAAAGACCAGUUGAAAUCAUAUGGAGCACUCACAGAGAACGUGACUCGUAAAUAUACACGGCAGAUUUUGGAAGGAGUUCACUACUUGCACAGUAAUAUGAUUGUCCAUCGAGAUAUUAAAGGAGCAAAUAUUCUGCGAGAUUCAGCAGGCAAUGUGAAGCUCGGUGACUUCGGUGCCAGCAAACGACUGCAGACUAUCUGUCUCUCUGGUACAGGAAUGAAGUCGGUCGCAGGAACUCCUUACUGGAUGAGUCCAGAAGUUAUUAGUGGAGAAGGGUAUGGCAGAAAAGCAGACAUCUGGAGUGUAGGUUGUACAGUGGUAGAAAUGCUCACGGAGAAGCCCCCGUGGGCAGAGUUCGAAGCAAUGGCUGCCAUCUUUAAAAUUGCCACUCAGCCAACCAACCCCCAGCUACCACCUCACGUCUCCGACCAUGCUCGGGAUUUCUUGAAACGGAUUUUUAUCGAGGCCAAGCUGCGACCGUUUGCAGAUGAACUGCUAAGACACACGUUUGCACACUAUCACUAACAGCCUGCCUCAACUCAGCUUGCAUCUACUGCAUUUAUUUUCUAUUUGACUGCACUUUUAUUUUUAUUUUUUACAGAAAAAGGAGAAAAAAGACAAGAGAGAUGAUAUUCUCUUGAAUCUUUGUUUCACUUAGAUUGUAAACAAUCUAAAUUUUGUAUCUAAAAUGAGAAUCUUCUCUCCCCCACUCCCACCAGGACUAGAACAUUUUGUUUCUAUGAUGUACUGAUGUGGUUCAUGUAGAUAAAGCACUUUAGUACAUAUUUGUUCCUUAUUUAAAGAGGAAAAAAAAAAAAAGACAAAUGCUUGGACAGUCAGGAACUGUGUGACUUUUUCUGACACCACUGACUGACUCAGGGUGCAGGGAAAAAUAGACAUGCAGCUAAAGGACAAGAAGGUUACUUCUCUGUGAUUCUUCUUGAUAUUGUAGGUACUUGCAGCAGAGAGUUCUAAGUUCUUACUAAAUUUCAGCAUUUUAAUCAGUUUCUGGAUUUUGCAGCUUAAGCUGGAGCACACAGUUCUGAGAGUUAAUGAUAAAGCUGGAAGAACUUGGAACUCUUUGUACUGCAGCAUGUCUAACCGGUACUUCUAUGUGACCAAAAGAAAAUAACAAAAAAGAACUCAACACUGUUGUAAUAGCUAGAGGGUUUGGUGUAGAACGUUGUAUUAUCUUAAUAGGAAAAUAAUUACAGGUAAACAGAUUAUGGACCCAACUCCUAGGAGCUACUAUACUGCAAGGGGAAAAUUUCUGUAAUAGACAAGGGUCAGCUGUUGGAUGUAAAUAGUUAGGAGAAUGCCUACUGCUGUAUCUGCCAAAGAGAACCUCUGUUGCAUAAGCUUGGAGGGAGAUGGGUAUCUUAGAUAAGAAAUAAUAGUAAUGUUGGGAAUCAGUUCUCCUCCACAAUCCCAUGAAUGGCUGGAGGGGAAGGGGAGUGACUAAUCCUUGUGCAGUAUAGGAGUUACUUGAUUCAGAAUGAGCUCUAAGAAAUUUUCAAAGCUGUUGAGAGGUGCUAGGGUGGAAUGUAUGUCAACAUCAAGUGCCUGAAUAAUAUAAAAUUCUUCCCGUUAUGCACUAAAAUUGUUUUGCUAACACAGUUCAGUCAUCUAGGAUGUGUUGAACAUUCCUGAAAUAAAGUUAAACAUCUUUUAACACCAGGGAUAAGUCACUGAGAAAGAUAAGACUCCAGUUAUAUUUUUAAUAAGGUAGUGAUGAUGAAUCCACAUGAGCAAGGAGGCACAGAACAAAAGACUGUGAAAAACAGGCCAAACACAAAAAGCCAGCAAUUAAAUAAAAUGGGUGUGAUUACUCCAGCCUGAUAAUCCAGAUGAUUGGUGUUUGUCAAUUUCCAACUGUUAUAAAACUUAUGUUAAUGACUUUUUCCAUUUCUGAAAGAAUAUAAUAAAAGAACAAAAAUAAAGCUUUGAAAUACUGCUUCUCAACUGAGAAGUCCAGGUACUGGUCAGGUGUAGUGAAUAACUGACUUUUCACUACAGAAAAGUCAAACUCAUAUUUUUGUAGAAGAACACAACAUAAAUAAUUUAAAAGGGCAUUUGGAAAUAAACUAUUGGACUACAGAACUGAAAUAAUGUAUACUGUUUUGGAUAAUUCAUUGCUUGCUUUUGUUGUUUUGUGGAGGCAGAGCAGGCUGGUAGUGUGAAACUUGUCCACCCUGACAAGGCUCCACCUGUUUGGCAUCUUUAGAGGACCAUCAGCAUUGUGAAGUGCAUGGAGAAAGAACAAUAAGCUUACCCAUUCCCAUGGUAGUUCACUCAUGACAUUUCCAAAUUUAUUCUGCUAACUUCCACAUUUUGUACCAGAGCCUAAGCAGGAGUAUGGAUCUAUCCUAAUCACUUUACCUGUAGUGGAGUAAUAAUGAUUUUUUUUGAGGCCAUCUUUCCUGAGACUGAGUGAUGGCUGCUUCGGUACAUGUGACUUUUACCCAGUUUAUAAUUUUCUCAGUCAGGGUACACAACUGUGCAAGUUUUUCGGAGCAUGGGAAGAACUAGUCAGACCAGGGAAAGUUUAGAAGGCUGAAAGUCAGCUUGUACUGAUGUUCUGGGGGGUUUUUUGCUUCAUUACUAGAUAAAAGCUAUGAAAGCAGCCUUUAAGAAGUGGUGUGUACUCGGCUGUGAAGGACUUUUGCUUCAUAAGCAAAAUUUUGUGACAGCAGGGAUGCAGAGAUUAAUGUAAAGCCUAACAGUUUACGUAGGUAUUUUAAAGAUCACGUAAUUGAAAUGAUUGAUUUCAAACAGAUUAAGAAGGUACCAAAACUAAGGUGACAAUGUGUAUAAAAUCAGUAGCUGACAGUGAUAUCUGAACAGGUAAGGAAAUUUUAUAUUACCAAAAAAGGACAUUAAAGAGAAGACAUAACCAAGUUUAUCUUGUAGCAUUCAUAACAUUUAAAUAUACUAUUCUAAAAAGAAACUGCACUCUCUGAAGCUUGAAGAUUUUUCUGAAUCUAGUUUUCUUAUAAUGUGUCCUUUUUGUGAGACAAUGAUGGCUCAUGUAUGUUGCAAUAUCACUUCCUCGUUGUGAUUUUUAAUUACUGAAUAAUCAAGUUUGCUGCUUUUGUGCCUUUUAUAAAAAAAGGCAUUCAGUCAUGACAACAGUGUGUGUUUUGGAGCCAGGAAAAAAAAAAAAGAAUUUGCAGGAUGCAUUUUCCUUAAUUUCUUUGACAUAAAAGAAAGCUGCCAAUAUAAGGACAGUGAUUCUUAAAUGAAGCUGAUGUUUUCCAGUUCCAGUGAUUCUAGUAAAAUUUUAUGAAUUUAACCAAGAGACUAGGCUUGAGCUGGCUUUUUUUUUUUUUUAUCCUAUGCAGAAUUUGUCUACUGACUUAAGCAGCUUAGAGUGAAUUAGAUGGUUAUUAACUUAAAUGUUUUCAGCUAGAAAUUAAUUAUGAAGCUAGAUCUGACUUAUACCAAAAGGUCAGCUGGUAUUUAUCCCCUGUUGGGAUAAUGCAGUAAAACAAGCUGCGUUACAUAACGGAGUGUCUCUGUAUACAAUGUCUGUAAAUCACAUUGAGUACUAGCACAGCAAUGAACAAAUUAAUUCUUCUAGAAUUUGAGAGGGUACGUGGAAUUGCAUGCUUAAAAGUCCAUUGGAGGAGGGUUGCAGAGGAAAUACGCUUGCUCACAACUUCUUGUACGCUACUGACAAAGAUACUAGCAUUUUUAGAAUCAUGAAUCAGUCUUAAUUAUUGAAUCCAAUUACUAAAAAAUGCCAUUGGAAACAAUACUGUUACACAGUUGUUUUGCUUCUCUGCAAAUGCCCCAAUGAAGCUAUGCUCUCAAAAAAAAGAUAGCGGUUCACAGUGAGUAUGCCUAUUUUCAAAAGACUUAUCCACUAAUGAAUUUUACUUAUGUCUGUUGCAUGUAUUAAGUUACAAAAGUUAAGCUGCUUCUGUAGUACAGCCUUAAUAGUGUAACAGUCCUGUUAGAGCACAACUGCAAGUUUCAGUUGUGUUACAGCAAGUUGAUAAUUCUUAAUUUUGGUGAUAGAAAUAUCCAUGCAAGAGCUUAAAAAGGUAUAGAUCUAAUAACUGUGAAGUUAAAUCUACAUAGACUUUUUUCUUGACAGUUUAAAUAUAGUCAUAAAACUUUAACUUGAUUUGCAAUUCAAUUUGUAGCUAAAUAGUCCCUUCAGUAGAACAAAAUGAGAAGUUACUUGCUUUUUUUUAGCUAGUGCCUUUUUAUCUAUAUGCCUUAAUUUUGCUCGUAUUUGAACACCAUAUUUCAGUAUAUGUCAUACAAUUCCCUGUGACCAUAGCAGACUUAGAGUAUGGGUUUUUUCAAAGUGCCCAAGGUAGAAUUCACCAAACUGCAUUGAAAAGUGUACUUUAUUUAUGAUCUGUGGCAGACAUUUAAAUUCAGAAUUUUAAAAAGUUAUUUUUGGAGCGCUUCCUGAGGGCUUCCUGUGCUAAUACACAUUUUUUUUACUUGCUUUUUGGAGAUUGUACACUGCACAUACCAGAAAAGACUUAAACUGGCCUUGUGCCCAUGAAAUUUUUUCCUGUGCCUUUUGGAUAAUACCAGUCCUGCUGUUGUUUUGACUGAAAGCCUUGUAGCACCUGUAGGUACAGCGCGGUACAGCAAGCCAUUCUUUUGGACAACAUAGAGCGAUGUCUAACUGCAGCUUCAGAGACUUGAGCAAAUCGGCCAGAUCUACAAUUAUUUAUAACAAUUUCUUUUUUUAAUCUUGAAAGUCUUUGUCACGCAUAUAGAAAAGCAUAAAUGUGUGCUUGAAUAUAAGUCCCUAUGGUGUUUCUGGAAAAGCAAAAGUAUACCGCCAGUAUCAUUUCUUCUUGCUGGUAACUUGCUGUCUUGUGUUAAUGACAAGUCUGCAGUGUAAAAUCACGUACAAUUACCAAAGCUUUUCUAUUCCCAUAUACAUAUAGCCAAAAGUGAUGUUUCAUGGAUUAAUACUGUUACUUAUAGAUACGAAUAUAUCCAUCAGUAAGCUAUUGCUAGCUGAGUAAAGCAGGUGCUAGUAAGAAGUGAUAGACACUGCCCAUAUCUAAGAGAUUUGGGCGUUUAUAGUUGCUGUUUUGAUGUGCAUAAUUCAUGCCAGCAUUAAAAUGAAGAGUUUGCUUUUUAAAACUCUUUAACUUAUUGUUGUCAUUCUAAAAUUAAUGCGUAAGCUUGGUGACUAAACCUGGUGACUUUUACAGCCAGGUUUGAACUUUGGGAUUUGUAAGGAAUGCCAUGAAAAUAAGUAUGUUUGUGACCUGAACUGCUCUGUGCACCGUAGUGAGAACAUUUCAAAGCUGCUGGGAAGCAGUCGACGUGACAGCCAAAUGUCACCCACCGUUACCUGGGUUCAGGAGGAGUCCCAAAUGCACGCCAAAGGCAGAACUGAUACCAACCCAGGGUUUGUGAAUCAGAAUCCUUGAUCAGAAACAAAAGAGCUCCUUUUUCUUUUUAUUUCCCCCACCUUGGCCUGCACGGUUGAUUUUUCUUUCUCGUUGGCAUAACUUAAAUACAGCAUAAGUGGUGGCUGCUGGUCGCUCCUGAAUGAGGUGCGAGUUCACCUACAGCUUUACGCCGGGGCCCUGUCUGUUGCACCCAGGAUGCUGCAGCUCCCCGCGUGCUGGAGCAGCCCUUGGGUGUUCCCUAGCAGUAUAUACACUUCCAUAUUCAAGGCGCGGAUGAGGUGGAGGAAAUGAAAUUUUCCACAUUUCAAAGCAGCGACGCUAGUAAUUCACACUUCGGCUAGGUUCUAGUUUUCAGAAACUUAUUUCAAAGGGAGAGGAACUGGAUUAAAACGCAUUAAGAUUGGAUCUCAUGCUUCAGCCCUUACGCUGAGUCUGCCAAUGACGAUUGGAGGUCAGGGUCUUCUGUCAAGAGAUAAGGAAAAGGAUACUCUUAACUCCAGAGUGGAUAUUUGUGGGAAAUGUUUCAGUGGUUUUUCAUGUCUUUUACCCCCAAACUGGACGAUCCUUUUCCCCAGAGGUUAUAUAGCGUGGAUUUAAGAACAAGGAUUGCAUUUUGUCUUCUUAACAGGCAUUAGAUUGUCAGUUCCCUAGUGCUUGUUUCUCAUUCAUACCAAUGCAAAAGGUGGUGUCACCCCAAAAUUGGAACGGUUUAUUAGAGCAUAGUGUCUGUCAUCUCAGACCUCACAGGAGUCAUAUAAUGGAAUAUCACUGUAAAUACAUGGAGGAGACUUAGAUGAAUUGAACGUAGGCUUUUAGUUUUCAUGAAGCUAUGAAUAAAAAUUUGUAAAUUUACUCUUGAUCUAAUGUACAUUUUUAUGUAGCCAUUAAAUUCUCUAUUUAAUCUAUCAGUUUCUCACUGUAAAUGUUUUUACUCUCAGUUGAAUGCUGGGCACAGUUUGUAAUGUAUGUACACAAAGGUGUUUUUUUCUAUCAACGUUGACUUUUUUGCACAUUUUUGGAAAUAUUUAAUUUGUACACUGAUUUAAUACUCUGACCAAUUGUUGAUGGGUGUAUGAGAAUCACGUGUGUGUGCAAUGUACUACUGUCUGGAUGUAUGGGUUUUCUAUUACUUUUGAGAUGUUGCUACCAGUAACUGCACUGCUGUUGCUGCUUUACAUGGAAUAUCUUGUGUAUAAAAAAGGAUAAAAACAAUUAAAAAAUUAGCCUACGGUUAUCUUGGUUGAGGAACUCAGGAGUUGAGCAUUGCUUACUAGUUCCGUUUGUCUAACAACCUUCCAAACUUAAAAACAAAGAAAGAAACAAAACCCCUUGUAAUUCUGUGUAUGCAUUGAAUAUAUGUGUGUGUGUAUAUAUCCCAGUAAUCUUAUUCCACAAUUUCAUUUCUACAUUUUUAUGAACUUGUUUUUUAAGGGUACUAUGUUUAGUUAGAAUAAUUAAAUAUAUGAAAGCUUUGAGAGAUGAUUUACUAGAUAAAUAUAUUUUCAGCUGGCUGAUGUUCAAAAUAUUUUUUUAAUUUUUGUUUUUAACCAUUCGAAAUGUAUUUGUAUUUCCAAAAUCAGACACGAAUUGUACUUAGAAAUAUAUUAAAACACUCUGUAGGGACAACA